AUGUUCUCUCUAGAUUCUUCAGGAGAGUUGCGUGAUGAUUGGCUUGGUAUGUUCUCUUUGGUGGCCAAUAUUGUGCUUAGACAGGAUGUUGAGGAUUCGGUCGUUUGGUGGCGGAAUCAUGACGGUUUUUCGGUUAGCAAUUGCUUUCGUAGGUUGUAUGAGUUGAAGUAUUCAGGUAUCAUGGUGGAUAAUGGGCGUCAAGAGAUUAUUAGCACCAUUUGGAAGGCAAAAAUUCCGAGCAAAGUAAAGAUUUUUGGUUGGCGCUUUAUGCUAAAUAGUUUACCGUCUAAAGUGGAGUUGUUUAGGAGAUGUGUUAUUCGCGAUGCUAGUUCCUUACUUUGUCCGGUGUGUUCGGAGUAUGAUGAGGACUUGAAUCAUCUCUUCUUUACUUGCGUGGGUGCAACGCGAGUUUGGGAGCUUGUCUUUCUUUGGCUCAAUGGUGAUCACCUCUCCUUUGGCCCUUUUGACUUGGAGCUUCCGUUGGUUGAUCAGGUGUGUGCUAGACUCUCCACCUUGGUCCAUCCGUCUUUUUCAAUGUUUUUUUGGUUGUUGGUUUCUUGGUGUAUUUGGUGGAGUAGGAAUAAUCUUGUGUUCAAUAAUAAAAGUUGGGUAGUUGGGGAUAUUCUUAUUAGUAUUAAAUCUUUUGGUUGGGAUUGGUUUUCAAUCAUUGCCAAAAGAGGUUUAGAUGUGGAUAAGGAGUUGUGGUUUUCUCACCCGGUAGAUUUGGUUGUUGGUUAG